UAUACACACAGCUGUUCCUCUCUCUCUUUGGUUUGUAUCAGUCGUGUUUUGUAUACACACUCAGCGUGAGCUGGUGUUAUUCUUCUCCUAGACUUCACAACAAGGCAACACAAUGGUGAAUCUCGGUCUCAGUAAAGUGGACGAUCAGCUGGUAGCGAAACACCCGGGUUUACAGAGAUAUGCUGCCUGUCAGUCUUAUGCCUUCAUGAAGGGAACUGGGAGCUUUAUACUUGGUGUUGCCACUUUAUUUGGCAUUCAGAAGGCUCUCCAGAGAAAGUUUCCUUAUCCUCUUCAAUGGAACCUGCUCAUUUCGAUAGUGGGGUCUUCAGUGGGAAGUUAUGCAGUGACUCGCUGGGAAACGCAGAAAUGCUCAGACCUUUGGUUGUUGCUAGAAACAGGCAAAGUCCCGGACAGAUCGCCACCUCAGGCGUCUAUGCCAGAGGAAUCAAAAGGGCCUGAAAAAACAAAAUAUGGUGACAUUAUGGAAUAAACAUAGUUUUAAACCUGUGUAUUUAUUGUAUAUAACUGCACCUCAGAAAAUGCAUUAUAUGGUGGAGAGCAUGGGUGUGAGAUGGUACAUGCUGUAAUUCUGUAUAUUGAUGUAUAUUCUCAUGUAUUUCUGCAAUACAUCACGAGAAUAAAGUAUUUUUUUG